AUGGUCUUUUUUGGUGCAACUCUGGUACGACACAUUCGGAACUACAAGUCGGCGGCAUUUCAGAUUGCAGAGUCCGCCAUUUUAGCUAAGAAAUCUAUAACCCCAGCUUCGUUAGCGAGUACCGGGAACAGAAGUCAGUUGCAAUUUGGAAUUCAGUUUGUUCGCGAAUAUUCAAGAGAGUCGAAGAUGAGUACUUUGCCUAGGGUGUUUUUCGAUAUGACCGCCGAUGGGGAGCCCCUCGGUAGGAUUAUCAUGGAGCUGCGCUCCGAUGUGGUGCCCAAGACUGCCGAAAAUUUCCGUGCACUGUGCACUGGCGAGAAGGGAUUCGGCUACAAAGGCUCCAUUUUCCAUCGCGUUAUUCCCAACUUCAUGUGCCAAGGAGGUGACUUCACCAACCACAACGGCACUGGCGGCAAGUCCAUCUACGGCAACAAGUUCGCCGAUGAGAACUUCCAGCUGAAGCACACCGGCACUGGCAUUCUGUCGAUGGCCAACGCGGGCGCCAACACCAAUGGAUCCCAGUUCUUCAUUUGCACCGUGAAGACCGCUUGGUUGGACAACAAGCAUGUUGUCUUCGGCGAGGUGGUUGAGGGUUUGGACAUUGUCAAGAAGAUUGAAUCUUUUGGCUCUCAGUCCGGCAAGACCUCCAAGAAGAUCAUGGUGGCUAACAGUGGUUCUCUUUAAACAACAACAACAAGAACAAUACAACAGCAGAAACAACAACACUAUAACAACAACAACAGCAAAAAGAGGAAAAAUGUGUUAAGACGAAAACCAUUUGCAUUUUCUCCACAACAAUUUUUUUUACGAAUUACUUGUAAUAUUACAAAAUACAAUACAACAAGAAAUAAUAUUUUCAAUAGACCUUUGUUCAAAUUCGAAUGUUUCCCCACCGUGGGACAGGGUCAGCACUCCCAGAGAUUCUUCUUCGAAUAUGUACAUUAUGUAUGGGGUGGCGAGCGGCAUACGUUUGGAAUGCAGGAGGAAGAGUUUUGAUAUAUUCCGAUUGGCUUCUAGCAUAUGAGAGAAGAUCCAAUGCAUACGAAGGUGCUGUUGCGGAUUGUCUAGUCCCUCCCUAUUCUGACAGGCAGUGCCGGCCCGCCGUUCCCGUCUCGCGGGAGAGAGUUGAGUUGUGUGUAUUUUAGAUUUCAUUCUAGUUCAAAUGUCGGGAGUAAUGAAAAUAGUAAUUAAAUAGUUGAAACAAACAAA